GAAUAUAAAGUAGUGUUGGGAGGUUGCCUUCGUUGGUUGUUUUUCGUCCUUUGAGACGAGACCAGCGGGACUUUGGGGCGUACAGCCGUCGGUAAUGCUCCUCGCUCGGGUCUAUAUUUAACAUUUGAAUGAUAGCGUUCAGCUGAAAAGUCGUUUUCUGCGCUAACAGACGAGCGUAGAGAGAACUGCUAGUUAGCAAGAAAUAUGGACUUGCACAUUCUGGACCACAGACUCCGCGUUACCAGCAUAUCCAAGAACGGGCUGCUCAAUUACACUCACCCUCUAAUAAAGCUGAUUUUUCUCCGCAACAGGACACGAUGCAAGUUUUUUAGCCUGACAGAAACACCUGAAAACUACACAGUCGUCCUUGAUGAAGAAGGAUUUAAAGAGCUGCCGCCCUCGGAGCACCUCCAGGUCGAGAGCUCCAUCUGGCUGCCCCUCAAUGUUGCCUCCAAUGGCAACGCCUCCAGCAGCUCGCAGGCUGUUGGUGUGACCAAGAUUGCCAAGUCGGUCAUCGCUCCGCUUGCCCAGCAGCACGUCUCUGUCUUCAUGCUCUCUACAUAUCAGACAGACUUCAUCCUGGUGAGAGAAAAAGACCUGUCAGUCGUCGUUAGCACUUUGGAGGAGGAAUUCAACAUUUUCAAGGAGGUGGAAGGAGAGUAUGUGCCUGUCGGCUGCCAGGACCUUACCAACGGCCUCCAGAAGAACGGCAAAGAAGGUUUCACCAUCCAACCUACAGUUCACCCAGUGCUGAUCCCACAGAACCAGUUCUGUGUAAUGUCUCUGGACCCAGACACUUUGCCGUCCAUCGCCACCACGCUCAUCGAUGUCCUCUUUUAUUCCAACAGCUUUAGUCCUAAAGAAGACAGCGAGUCGUCUGCGGGUCAGGACUCAGACUGCAUUGAGUUCUUCUCCUUCUCUCUCAUCGAUGGAUAUAUCUCAUUGGUGAUGGACACUGAGGCUCAGAGGCGAUUUCCUGCUGAUCUUCUGUUUACCAGCUCCUCCGGGGAGCUCUGGAGGAUGGUUCGUAUCGGUGGACAACCACUGGGUUUUGAUGAAUGCGGCAUAGUCGCCCAGAUAUCUCAGCCCCUCGCAGAUGGUGACAUUUCUGCCUAUUACAUCAGCACCUUCAGCUUUGACCAUGUGCUGGUCCCUGAGGAGGAUAUAGUGAGCGUGACGGACAUGCUCCACCACCAGCGGAAGGAACCAGCCACCACUUGAUUUUUGCAGCAUUGACUUGAGCUCAAUGAUCCGCACUCAUUGUACCCUCCUCUCCUUCUCCAGUUGCUCUUGAACAGCAGUAUCGGGAAAGGAGGCUAACUGUGCCUAGAUCACCACUGCAUUGCCAGCAGUAUUAACAGGGACAAGUUUACCAUUUAAACCAGAAGCACUUCCCUAUGUUGUGCACACACAGCUCGUGAGUGUGCUUGUCUCAGUUAAGCUAGAAAAGAUAUGCAGAUCCCCCCUCCAGGGGGUUUCUCAAGUACACACAUGCACAUAACAGAGCAAUGCUGCCCUUGUACCACAUGCAAACUGACACUUAAACCAUUAAAAUCUCCAAUCAGGAAUUCAGGCAUGAGCAGGUAAAAUAGACUUUCUGUUUCGUAUGCAAGAUCCUAGAAUUUGUAUGAUGAAUCAUAUAAAGUCAAAUUGUUUUACAGCAGUAUUCCCUUAUGUAGCAAGCAGUCCUAAGCACAAAUAAUCUGACAACAUAGUCUUCCUGUCAUAUUUACAGCAUAAAUAAUGAGACUAAGGCGGGGUUUGUUUAAUUUGAAAAACAUGCAUAUUAACUACUUUUCUGCGGAACAUAUGCAUCCCUGUUUACAUGAUCUAGUCCUAUGUUACUGAAAUCAGCUCUGCUUUUGAUCUCUAGAGGACCUGCAUGCAACAGUGAAAGAAUGCAAAAAUAUAAGCUAUCUGAAGUGUAGGUCUUCUCCAUUACAGAUCUUAAAUUAAAAUUGGAUGUUAAUGCUUUAGGUUGCAAAUUACUUCUUUCACAAUGGCUGACAGCCGUAUGUAAUUUCUGGAAAUAUACAAUAGUAGUUUACUCACUUCCUGGAAAGUGAAUAUCAAGAAGUGUUGCUUGCUUUGCUAAAUUUGGGCAUAUUGACAAUGGUUGUGGGAUGAUGUGUCAUAGCUUUUCAAGUCUCCCCAGCCACUUUUCAAGAAAAAACAUAAAUAUGUUAAAAAUAAUUUUACCAUUAGUGUCAUAAUUGAGUGGCUCUAACAGUGCGCCUAUGUGAACUUCAGUUUUUUAACUCCUUGGCUAAAAGUUGUGAGCCGUACUUUGCAAAUCAUUUUCAUUUAAAGGCACCAUAAGAGCUUUUUAACACAGGUGUUUCCUCAUUUUUGUUUGAUAAGAAUGUGGAGUAUAAAAUUGACUUUUUAUAAGAGGUCAGCAUUUGUUUAACCACAGUGUCAAGGUCACUAACACUAUGUCUUAGUUUCUGCUGCUUGCACAAUAAAGCAUUGACUUAGUAAAUUUCAAUCAAAAGUUUUCUUUGACAAAACUGUUUUAUACAAUCUAAUAAAUUCUGUAAACAUUUAAAAUGUUUGUGCUGCUUCCUUCAUUCAAUAAAAAAAUUAUCAAUUGUUA